GAAUAAGCUAACAAAAUGAUGUUCAAUUCCAAAUUAUAUUAUCUAAUUUUACUUCUUUUAUUACCACUCUCAUCAUCGACAUCAUCUUCAGAAGCAAUUAACAGUUUAAUCAAAAAUUUGGAUAAAAAUAAACAAUCUCCAUUAUUACAAGAAUCUGCAGCUAAAGCUCUUCUCAAAAGAUUGCUUCCUACCCAUUUGUCAAGUUUCCAAUUCAAGAUUGUCUCCAAGGAUGCUUGUGGUAGAUACAGCUGCUUUUGGAUAUCAAAUUACAAGAAUGCAAGCAGCAAAUCCCCAGAAAUUAUUAUCCAAGGCACUACAGCGGUUGAAAUAGCAUCCGGCCUUCAUUGGUACUUAAAGUAUUUGUGUGGGGCUCAUGUGUCUUGGGACAAGACAGGUGGCAUUCAGAUAGCUUCUAUCCCGCCUCCAGGAAGCUUACCACGUGUAAAAGAAGAUGGAAUUCUGAUUCAACGUCCAGUUCCAUGGAAUUAUUAUCAAAAUGUAGUCACUUCUAGCUAUUCGUACGUUUGGUGGGAUUGGGAAAGAUGGGAGAAGGAGAUUGAUUGGAUGGCACUUCAAGGAAUUAAUCUGCCUCUUGCGUUUACUGGGCAAGAAUCAAUCUGGCAGAAAGUUUUUAUGGAUUUCAAAAUUAGUUCACAGGAUUUGAACACUUUUUUCGGUGGACCAGCUUUUCUUGCAUGGGCUCGAAUGGGAAACUUACAUGCAUGGGGUGGACCGUUAUCUCAGAAUUGGCUGGAUCAACAAUUGGUGUUGCAAAAACAAAUAUUAUCCCGGAUGAUCGAGUUAGGCAUGACUCCAGUGCUUCCAUCAUUUUCUGGAAAUGUUCCUAAGGCACUUAGAGACAUAUUCCCAUCUGCAAAUAUCACCAGGCUUGGAGACUGGAACACAGUUAAUGCUAAUCCUCGCUGGUGCUGUACUUACCUUCUUGACCCUUCUGAUCCCUUGUUCAUACAAAUUGGGGAGGCAUUUAUAAAAAAACAAAUUGAAGAAUAUGGAGAUGUGACGGACAUUUAUAACUGCGAUACAUUCAAUGAGAAUUUACCUCCAACAAGUGAUCCAACAUACAUAUCAACUCUUGGUUCUGCUGUUUAUGAAGCAAUGUCCAAAGCUGACAAGAAUGCAAUUUGGCUUAUGCAGGGCUGGCUCUUCUAUUCAGAUUCAUCUUUUUGGAAACCUCCGCAAAUGAAAGCGCUUUUGCAUUCGGUUCCAUUUGGGAAAAUGAUUGUUCUUGAUCUAUUCGCUGAUGUUAAACCCGUAUGGGAAUCAUCCUCGCAAUUCUAUGGCACCCCUUAUGUGUGGUGCAUGUUACACAACUUUGGCGGGAACAUUGAGAUGUAUGGCGUAUUGGACACACUUGCAUCGGGUCCUAUUGUUGCACGGCUCAGUGAAAAUUCAACUAUGGUUGGUGUUGGAAUGUGUAUGGAAGGAAUAGAACAUAAUCCUGUUGUGUAUGAGUUGAUGCCUGAAAUGGCAUUUCGAAAGGAUAAAGUUCAUGUUGAGGAAUGGUUGAACAUCUAUUCUCAUAGACGUUACGGCAAAACUGUGAAACAAGCUGAGUCAGCAUGGGAAAUUCUUCAUAGAUCUAUUUAUAAUUGCAGUGAUGGAAUUGCUGACCAUAACACAGAUUAUAUCGUGAAGUUUCCUGAUUGGGACCCAUAUUCAAAUAUCCACUCUAGCAUCCCGAGACAAAACCACAAACUAAGCCUCAUCACACUGCCUAGAAAUCGAAGGUCUAUGCUGAGUGAAGUUAAGUCUACGUUACCUCAACCGCAUAUGUGGUACUCGAAUAGUGAUGCCAUCAAGGCAUUAAAACUGUUCAUUGAUGCAGGCAAGGAUCUUGUUGGGAGCCUCACUUACAGGUAUGACUUGGUUGAUUUAACUCGACAAGUGUUGUCAAAGAUCGCAAAUGAAGUCUAUCUAGAUGUUUUAUUUGCUUUCCUACACAAGGACACGAAAGCUCUGAAAUAUAACAGCCAAAAAUUUGAACAACUUAUCAUUGACAUUGAUGAACUUCUUGCCGCUGAUGAUAACUUCCUUCUUGGAACGUGGCUCGAGAGUGCAAAAAAGCUAGCUUUAACCCCACAAGAAAAACAGCAGUAUGAAUGGAAUGCAAGAACACAAGUCACGAUGUGGUACGAUACAACAAAAACCAAUCAAAGCCAACUUCAUGAUUACGCAAACAAGUUUUGGAGUGGAUUAUUGGUCGACUACUAUCUACCACGAGCUUCAAUGUAUUUCAAUCGUUUGUCCAAAAGUUUGAGAGAAAACACAACGUUUGAGAUAAUCAAAUGGAGAAAGGAAUGGAUAUCAUACUCAAAUAAAUGGCAACAAGAUACAAAGCUUUAUCCUGUGAAAGCUCGAGGGGAUGCCCUAGCGAUUUCUGCAUCUCUUUAUCAGAAAUAUUUUGGGUAAGUUUAUAACUUAUAAACGAAAAACUGGACAUGACUGACCCAGUAGCAGGGAAGGCAAGAAUGUGUUGUUCAGCUGUCAAAGAAAUAGGUGUCAGUGUGGCUAAGUUACAGUUUGAAAGUUGUGGGUGGGUUUUAGCAGGUUAUAAAUUAUGUGGAAGUUUUUAAAAUUUUCUCAAUUUACAAUUGGAAUAUUUGCAAUAUCAGUCCUUGUAUUUUGUAGCAAGUCUCUGGUGCCUGGUUGGUAGUCACCAGUCAGAGUUUGGAAAAGUACUCGCUAUGAGAGUAAGAACUGAUGGGUUCAUGACAA